AUGCCAGCGACUCUCCCAAGUCCCCCUAAGUCAAAUCCCAGCCCCGUGCCAGACCCAGGAGAUGAGGACUCUAAUGAUGACGAUGCGUCUACAAAGGAAGCCAAGUCAACUGUAACAACUACAGGCCCAGUGUCAAGGGAAGAGUCAACCACUAUUACCAGCGCCAAAUCAACAUCGGAGAUAACGACUUCGGAAACAACUGCAGAGUGCACCGUCACUGAAAUUCCCCAAUGUACAAAGACCAUCUCGUAUACCACCAUGUCCCAAUCAGUCACGAUUACAGUAACCACGACAUUGGAACCUGAAUCCCAUUGGGUGGGAUAUGUUGCAGAUUCCCAACAAGGCCCCUCUAAAGCCGAACUGGACGAUCCUGUCGAUGAAGAGACGGAGGAGUAUCUUGAGGACUUUUUCAAGGAACACGAUCUUCUCGUGGACUAUGAAGCCGAAGAUGCUUCGCCCGAGUGCAGCACUGCCUCCUCAGUUCUUGACCUUACAUGUUUCUCUGAGACCUUGCCAUCGUUUUGCACUCACAUCGUCACUAGUGAUAACGAAACGCUGGUUGAGAAUAUUACGGUGAAGGCACUGGAGUCUAGCGACAAAACAAAGCGACAUGGGCAUGCGAGAUUUCUGGGAAUGAACUCGAAGGUGAUGAGACGUGGAAGCAAAUGUGACGGUUACUCGAUAGAAUUCAGUUGGGAACUCGGUUCCAUCGACGGAUGCGUACAAGAUUGUCUUGGAGCCAUGUCGAAGCUGGCUCUAUCAUGUGGCUUGACCGGUUCUCGCUCAGACGGCAUCAGUGACAGUGGAAGUCUUGUCGUUGGCUGUGGCAUAUAUAGCUACAGAGUCGUCGAGGACUACCAGCAUACGAUUACUGAAACUACAAGUGAUGUAGCAACAGCUACCGCGACAACAGAGUCAACUUCUUCGGAGGCAACAGCAACCUCUUCUUCUAGCGGCACAACGUUCACCACCGACGAGGCUACUACCACAAAAGCGGCGACUACUUCGGAAGAAGCAACCUCAAGCACAGAAGAUGCCGAUGCGACCCCCACAAUUGAUCCCAACUACCAGCCCCUGGUACAGCAAGACCCUGAAUGUCUCGAACCGGCAGAUGGAGAUCACGGCGCCAUUGAUCCAGGUACUCAAGAUGACUAUGCUGAGGACUUUAGCAGCCAGGAACCAGAUGGAGGAUGGGAGGCUGGAGCAGAUAUCCAGCAUUCUUAUAAGGAAACAUCCCAUGGUGUUGUCUACGAGUACAAGGUCAACUGGGCCCAAGACUGUAUUACUGAUGGAGAUACCCAAGAUAUCAGAUGGCCUUUGGGUCAAGCUGGUGAUAUUACUGCAUACUCGCUCAUGAGGGAUGCUUUUGAGAAAUGCAACAACGGCGGCAUUGGUGGAUCGAUUCAAGCAGGGUGUUUGGUCUACACUUUUAAUGGUUAUGAUGAGUAG